CCAGCCCGCCGCCAGAUGGCUCUACUUGAUCAUGUGAUGAGAUCGAAGACGUCGAGCUGUCAAGUCCCUGUAGUUCUCAUCACCAGCACUAACUUCCAUUUACUGGCACCAUGAGUUCAACAGAGUACUGGCUCAUCUCUGCUCCAGGAGAUAAAACCUGUCAGCAGACAUGGGAGAAAAUGAAUAAUACCACCAGUGUCCAGAACCAACUGUGUGUUAACUACAAGUUCCAUAUCCCAGAUCUGAAGGUUGGUACCCUGGAUCAACUUGUUGGCCUUAGUGAUGAUUUGGCUAAACUUGACACCUAUGUGGAAACCAUCACCCGAAAGAUGGCCAAUUACCUGGGUGAGGUUCUGGAGGACCAGCGAGACAAGCUGGCCGAAAAUCUUCUAGCCAACCAAAUGGACUUGGCUACAUAUCUCACCAAGUUCCAGUGGGAUAUUGCAAAGUUCCCAAUUAAGCAGUCACUGCGAGGCAUUGUGGAUGCCAUAAACAGCCAGUGCACCCAGAUCGAGAAUGAUCUGAAGACAAAGGCAUCCAACUAUAACAAUCUCAAAUCUAACUUGGCCAACAUGGAAAGGAAGCAGACAGGAAGCCUUUUGACAAGAAAUCUGGGCGACUUGGUAAAAAAGGAGGACUUUGUCCAGAACAGUGAAUAUCUGGUAACCCUUCUGGUGGUUGUCCCAAAGGUACUAUACCCAGACUGGCAGGCCAAGUAUGAGCACCUAGCAGACAUGGUAGUUCCUCGCUCCUCUCGCCUAGUGUUUGAGGACAACGAUCAUGGGUUGUUUACCGUUACUCUCUUCAGUAAGGUGGUGGACGAGUACAAACUCCAUGCCCGUGAGAACAAGUUCAUUGUACGUGACUUCACCUACAAUGAAGAGGAAUUGACUGCUGGAAAGAAUGAACUUUCAAAGCUAAUCAGUGACAAGAAAAGACACUUUGGGCCAUUAGUGCGCUGGUUGAAAGUGAAUUUCAGCGAAUGCUUCAUCUGCUGGAUGCAUGUGAAGGCCAUCCGUGUGUUUGUUGAAUCUGUUCUAAGAUAUGGCUUGCCUGUCAAUUUCCAGGCUAUUCUUGUGCAUCCAAACAGGAAGAGUAUGAAGCGGCUACGUGAUAUUCUAAACCAGCUGUAUUCUCACCUUGAUUCUUCUGCAACAGGAGGAGCUGGGGAUACUGUCGACAUUCCAGGAUUGGGAUUUAACACCAGCGAGUAUUAUCCCUACGUGUCUUUCAAGAUAAAUACAGACAUGAUAGGGGAUCAUAGAAACUAGAUACUUAAGGAAGCCAAAUUGCUGUUAAAAUUUAGAUCCUUGUUUGUGGUACAUGUUUGGUUUACCAUAAUAUAAGAUGAUAGUUAAAGAUAAUUUGCAAAAGAGACAUGGGAAGUUACUAAUUUUUUUAUUGUUGCAUUUGGAUUGGGAUUUAUAUGUAUAUCUUAACAGCUACCAUUAUCAAGCAAUAUUUAAUGUUUUGCUAUGAGGAAAAUGCACAAAGAUGUUAAUGCAUGUGGUUGUGAAUAUGAUGAAAUGUGUCGAAAAAAAUGUGCUAAUUAGAUGGUACUGUGGUCAUUACUGAUGUAGAAUAUUUUAUUUGUACAUUGCAUAGUUUUAUUUACCAUUAAUGAUUUAUGACCACAGUUGUCCAUAGAUUUUAAUACAUUCCUGUACAAUUCCUUCAUUCCAGAUUCUCUGUUUGAAUUUCCGAAGUGUACUGACAUUUAAAUGCUGCUUUUGGUUCAAGUAGCUGUAGAAUAAAUUUAUACCUGGAUCAUAUCUCAAAUACUCAAAAUGGUAUGGUGUUGGAAUGUCACUCCUAAUCAUGUCUUGCAGAACUGUAACAUAUUCAAAAACUAUUUGUAGAAAAAUUGUGCUGAGAUCACUUUAAAGAGAAUGUGCUCUCUAGAUCAGCAUGUCAUGGAUGAGUUGUCCUUAUAUAUGUACAUGGUUUGUUGAAAUAGUUUGAGGAACAACUUAUGUUGGGUAAAAUCAUGUAAUUACCAUUGAUGUACAGAUUGGUAUAUAUAUGUAGAGGUAAAUGUUGUGAAUAAAUGGUAAAACGUU